AUGAGCGUCCCUGAUCACGGGCCGCUAUUGACGAGUGCCAUAUGGCCUAUUUGCGGGGUGCCUCUGCUCUUCCUGGUUGCGAGGCUGUAUGUGCGGUUUACGCGCAGUCGAGGGUUCUGGUGGGAUGACUGGGUGCUCAUGGCAUCAUGGGUCUGCCUUCUCUUUCAAAUCUGGACGACACAGGCAGCCAUCGGAUAUGGCUUUGGCAAGCACAUCCAGAACAUCGACCCGCCGAGCAAGAUCUUCCAAAUCGCCCUCUAUGGACAGGUUGGCGUCACCUUUGUCGCCUUUGCUAUCCCGCUGAGCAAGAUCUCCUUUGCAAUCACGCUCCUGCGACUCACGGCCGGAUACUGGCGGUACCUGGUGUGGUCCACGAUUGCGUCCAUGGCGCUGCUCAGCCUGCCCGCCGCCGUCCUGCCGUGGAUUCAAUGCCGUCCAUUCAGGAAGACAUUCGACCAGACGAUUCCGGGAGAGUGUUUUGAUCCUGCAACACUCAUCAACUACGCCAUCUUCGUGUCCGCCUGGUACGCACUGAUGGAUUUCGUGCUGGCCGCUCUGCCGUGGACCGUCCUCUGGAAGCUCAACAUGAACUCGACUGAGAAGAUGGGCGUCGGCGUCUGUAUGUCUCUGGGCGUCCUGGCCGGCACCAUCGCCAUCGUCAAAUCCUGCUACAUCCCCCAGCUCACCGACAAAGACUUCUCCUACAACGGCGUCGAGCUCGUCUGUUGGUCCGCAUCCGAGACAGCCGCCGCCAUCAUCGCCGCCUCGAUCCCCGUCCUGCGCGUAUUCAUCCGUGAAAAGGCAACCUCGGCUGGCUACAACUCGACCAGCCGUGCCGCGCGACGUGACAAUGUCCAGCUGUCGCGUGUCGGGGGCAGCCGAGUCGAUCCGGUCAAGGAUUCACGCAAGGUCGUCAACGAAGUCUGGGUGACGGCGCACAACAGGGGCGAUGGCGAGAGUGACAAGAGCAUACUGAGGGGGAAUUUGGGCCACUCCGAUGGUGCACCCGAAGGAACCAUCCUGCAGACGAAUACCUUUCUGGUGGACACGCAGAGCGAUCAGGACAGCUUCCAGGGCAAAAGGGUGAGCAAUGGGUCUAACGAUUGA